CAUAUGUUACAUUCUAAACAAAAACAUUAUUUAGCUAAAGGUGAUCAAUUUCAAAUCCAUAACUUCUUUUAAAAGUCGUAUUAAAAUUGUGUAAGUAACUAAAUCAAAAGACAUGGAAACGUCAGAAUUAAGAAACCUUUACGAGUGUGAAAGAAACCGUUUAAAUACGUUAUGCGAUAAAUGGCAAAAAGUUCUAGACAAAACCCCAACAAAAAGUAUCAAUGAUGAAAAUAGAGGAAAGAUAAUGGCGGUGUUAGGUCAGACCAGGCUUUUACUCAACAAGAAGAUGAAACAAUUUGAAGGUUUGCUAUCAGACAGUAACACGGACUCAGAGUUCACUCAUCCACCUAUCACAUUACAGGACUUGGAGGGCUUCUGGGAACUCGUUAUGAUUCAAGUGAACGAGAUGUACAUCAAAUUCAAGAGUCUUGAAGAGGGAAAUGUUCCAGGAGAGGGCAAUAGAGUUCACACUCCAAAGUACAGAGCGAGUCCCAUGCCUCGGUAUCGGUGACACAGUGACGUCAACGAUAUUCACAGCUCAAUUGGUUUCUGAAAAUACUGGACUCAGAAGAAUCGAAACAAAAAAACUACAUUAGAGAAAAUAUAAAAAUUUAUGUCAAUUUUAUCCAUUAAAUACUAUUGUUUUGUCUCGAAUUAUAAUCAAAAUUAAUAAUGUUUUCUCCUAUCCU